CCUCUUCAUUUAUUUCUGCUUUUAAUUCUCUCUCUCUCUCUCUCUCUCUCUGUGUGUGUGCUUCUGUCUUGAUCCCCUAAUGCCUACUACUCUUUCAGAAGUCUACGAAGACCAUCCUAUUCACCUUCAGCAUAUCGUUCCCAUUGAUUUCAGCUCGGCUCAGACACUGCCAGACUCCCAUGCUUGGUCUCAGUCCGAUGGUUUCUCAUCUGGGUCGUCGUCGGUGUUCCCGGACACGCCGGCUGAUGAUCGGUUGUUUUCCAUACCUCUUAUCGACCUCAUGAAUCCCAAUGCGUCCGAUCUCAUAUGCCAAGCUUGUGAGUCGUGGGGUGCCUUCCAGUUGAUCGGCCAUGGCAUUCCUUCAAAGCUUAUUGAGGAGGUGGAUUCCGAGUCCCGGAGAUUGUUUGCUCUCCCUUCUGAGCAAAAACUGAAGACCCUGCGAUCUCCUGGUGGUGCUGCCGGAUACGGCAUCGCCCGCAUAUCUCCAUUCUUUCCCAAGUACAUGUGGCAUGAAGGGUUUACCAUCUUGGGGUCUUCUAAGGAUCAUGCCAAGGAACUUUGGCCGCAUGACUAUGAACGCUUUUGUGAGACAAUGGAUGAGUAUCAAAAGCAAAUGAAGAUGAUCAGUCAUAAACUAAUACGAAUGAUGUUAAAGCACUUGAACAUCUCGGAAGAAGAAGUAAAGUGGAUAGGUUCAACAACGGAGUCCACGGCUUUACAGCUGAACUCUUACCCUGCCUGCCCAGAUCCUGACCGUGCCAUGGGUCUAGCACCCCACACCGACACCUCUCUCAUGACCUUAGUCCACCAAUCACAGAUUAGUGGUCUACAGAUCCACAAAGAAGGAGUUGGCUGGGUGCGCGUGCACCCCAUAUACGGUGCGCUUGCCAUCAACGUCGGUGAUCUCCUCCAUAUUCUAUCAAAUGGGAGGUUCCCUAGCGCUUUUCAUCGAGUUACCGUUAACCAGACGAUGCAAAGGUUCUCGGUGGCCUACUUCUAUGGACCGCCAGUGGAUUUUACAGUUUCACCGCUUUUGUCAAAGGACGUUUCAGGUUCAGGAGAAGUGGAAGCUCCUUUGUAUCGUUCUGUCACUGUGAAAGAGUACGUCGGCAUGAAGGCAAAGUAUCUUGAGAAAGCGCUCUCUUUGUUAAAGAAUUAAAUGGGAUUUUCUAUUGUUCCGGUUUGAAAAUUAAUUAUCAUGAAUAUCUUCCUUCGUUUCUCUCUCUAGCUAUAUAUAUAUAUAUAUAUAUA